AUGGGGAGCGUCUUGGAUAAAAACUCCUCCUUGGUGAGGAAGCGCAUCGAAGGGCAUACCUUUGACGGCGAGGAUGGGGAAGAGUACGAGGGCAGCGAGUUCCAUGGCUUCGGCGACUACUUCCGGCGCAAGAAGAUCAAGCUCCAGAACCUCGACGCUGACAUGCGCGCCUCGUCCGACAAGCCGCAGAUCUUCAAGGGAAUCGUCGCUCAUGUCACGGGCUACACGCAGCCGCCACUUCAUGUACUGCAUCGCGAAAUCGUUCAGCACGGAGGCGGCUUCCUCCAGUACCUUGACUCAAAGACCAUGGCCACUCACAUCAUCGCAUCAACUCUCCCUCCCAAGAAGUCUGUCGACUUUAACCGCUACCGGAUCGUCAAGCCGGCGUGGAUCAUGGACUCGGUGCAGGCCGGCAAGGUGCUUCCCUGGGCAGAGUAUCGCGUUCUCGACGAGGGCCCUCGCCAAAAGGUGCUCAAGUUCGGUGAGGGUCAAGGCUUGUCUCAGGCGACCCCUGGCGCGCGGAAAGGCUACCGCGAGCAGACGGACAACAGCUUCUACACCAGCCAGAUGAAAGCCCGGGCGGCGUCCGGGCCAUCGUUGCCGAGCCAAGACAUGACCCAGUUGGCGGAGAAGUUGCAGAGCCCGGGACAGCCCGAAAAUAGUCGAAAUCUGCCAGACCUGCAGAGCAGACGCGACUUUAGCAUUGGAAGUACCGCCACCGACACACCCAAACUCUCUCUUGUUUCCGGCGAGGCGACGGCUUCUAUGGAAGCCCCGUCGAUGGAUGAAUCUCUCCCAGACGCCGAGUCCGAUUCGAUAAAGGCAGCACUCCCCGAUGAUGGACCUCAGCAGGCACCAAAGAAUAUGACUUCAGAGGAGCACAACGCAUGGCUGCUCUCUGAUCCACGGUUACGGAAAUCUUCAACGGCAAACCCCGAGUUCCUCAAGCAGUUCUACUCGGAAAGCCGGCUACAUCACUUGUCAACCUGGAAGGCGAGCCUCAAGUCAUCGAUGCAACGGCUGGCGGCCGAAAAGGGCCUGUCGCAAAAGAAAAUAAGGAAGCGACCCGGUGCCAGGUCAUACAUUAUGCACGUUGAUUUUGACAGCUUCUUUUGUGCCGUGUCUCUGAAGAAGCAUCCAGAGUUUGCCGACAAGCCAACGGCCAUUGCCCACGGAACCGGGCCGGGGUCGGAAAUCGCAAGCUGCAACUAUCCUGCGCGAGAAUUCGGCAUCAAGAACGGCAUGUGGAUGAAGCGCGCCCUCGAGCUAUGUCCAGACAUCAAGGUGCUACCUUACGAUUUUCCUGCCUACGAAGAUGCCAGUCGACUCUUUUACGAGUCCAUCAUGACAGUGGGUGGCGUUGUGCAGAGUGUCAGCAUUGACGAGGCUCUCAUCGACGCCACUGCGGUUGUCCUCAACACUUCUGCGUCUCAGGGUAUCGGAAUCGACGAAGGUAGCAUGUGGAGAGAACAGGAGAAGGCAGACGAAAUCGCCCACAGUCUGCGUGAGAAAAUCAAGGCCAAAACGGGGUGCGAAGUAUCCGUCGGAAUCGGCAGCAACAUACUUCAAGCCAAGGUUGCGCUGCGCAGGGCAAAGCCAGCAGGACAGUAUCAACUGAAACCCGAGGAUGUUCUCAACGUCAUCGGCGAGCUCACUGUUGAGAAUCUCCCUGGCGUCUCGUACAGCACUGGCGGGAAGCUGGAGGAGCUAGGCGUCAAGUUCGUCAAGGACAUCCGUGAGGUGUCUAGGGAGCGGCUCACCUCGGCGCUCGGGCCCAAGACUGGAGAGAAGCUGGCAGAGUAUGCCCGCGGCAUUGAUCGCUCUGAGGUCGGCGAACAGCCGCCUCGCAAGUCAGUUUCCGCGGAGGUCAACUGGGGGAUCCGUUUCAUCAGUCAGCCUGAGGCUGAAGAGUUUGUGUACAACCUCUGCAAAGAGCUCGAAAAGCGGUUGUUGGCCGAGCAAGUCAAGGGGAAGCAUCUCACCAUGAAAAUCAUGAGGCGAUCUCUUGACGCGCCACUCGACCCCGCAAAGCAUUUGGGCCAUGGCAGGUGCGAUACCUUCAACAAGAGCUCGACGUUUGGCGUCGCAACGCACAGCUACGAGGUCAUUGGCAAAGAGGCCGUGUCUAUCCUUCGUUCAUUCAAGUUCAGCCCCGGGGAUCUACGAGGACUCGGCGUCCAAAUGACGAAGCUCGAGCCGAUCAAGCCAAGCGCUGGGGCUGAGGGGAGUCAGAAGACUCUGCAGUUUGGAGCGUUCGCAGGGCCUUCUCCGGCGAAGAAACAUGCGCCGAUGGAGCAAAUCGAUGAAUCAGAGAGUCCGCAGAAACGAGGCUCUGAGCGUCGGGGGGUCGACGACGACCCGAUCACGGAGGAUCCGCUGACGCCUCGGAAACUCAAAGUUCACCCAGCGAUGGCUCUUUCGAGGGCAAGCGCGGGUGAUGCCAAGGCCAACACGCCUCUCAACGUGUCGGGAACCCAGUUCAUAAUCCCGAGCAACGCCGACCCGGCCGUCCUGGCUGAGCUACCGAGCGAUAUCAGGAGCAAAUUGAUGGCCCAGCGCUCGAAGGGAAGCGCCAGUCGAGCCGACUCUGGUUCUGCUAGUCCACAAGGGGACGCCCUUAUACCCUCCCAGGUCGAUGCGGAGGUGUUCAAUGCGUUACCGGAUGACAUGAAGGCCGAAAUCCUGGCGACGUACGGGCGACGGCCGGCUACGCCGUCUCGGGCACAGUCACCGAGGAAAGACGUCCUCGCGCAGCCACGCAAGCAGACCACUCCAUCGAAGCGUGGCGGUAUCCGUGGCUUGUUUGGCAAGGCUCAGCGGCAGAGAGAUGCGCAGGCCGGCGUGAUUCAGACGAGCUUCAAGCCGCUUAAACGCGGCGAUGAGACUCCGACUGAAGGGGAGAUUGAGGAGCUGGAUCCCGACUUUCUCGCCGAGCUGCCCGAAGACGUGCGCAAAGAAGUCAUCGACGACCACAGGCGCCGGCGAUUGGCACAGCGGUCCGGACUGAAUGCGCCUUCACGGAGACAUCAUGGUAUCGACACUGAGGCCGCCCUGCCUGGCGGACAGAGGCGGAUUCAGUUCCCAGCGCCUCCGCCAAAAGUCUCGUUCGCCAGCUCGGGGGUCACCUCGACAAGGGAGAUCAAAGACAUGCUAGAUGCCUGGCACGACGAGACUCGGAGCGACGGGCCGCACAGUGGAGACGUGGAGGUGUUUGAGAAGUAUCUGACCAGAGUGGUGCUGGAGGAGCGGGACUUGGAAAAGGUGGUGGUGCUAAUGAGAUGGCUGGCGCUGAUUGUCGAGCAAGACGGGCAGAGCGGACGAGGCCUGGAGGAGUGGAGGAGGGCCCGGGACCAGGUGGAGGAAGCGGUGCAGGCGGCUGUGAAGCAGAGAGGACUGGCGCCUCUGAGAUUUGACUGA